AUGUCUCUCGUCUCCGGGGAGAAGUCGAACUUCCAGUUCAUCUUGCGAUUGUUGAACACCAACGUCGAUGGCAAGCAGAAGAUCAUGUACGCCUUGACCCGAAUCAAGGGUGUCGGUCGCCGCUACUCCAACCUUGUCUGCAAGAAAGCCGAUGUCGACUUGAACAAGCGCGCCGGUGAAAUCACCUCGGAAGAACUCGAGCGAAUUGUCACCAUCAUCCAGAAUCCCACACAAUACAAGAUCCCUUCGUGGUUCCUCAACAGACAACGCGAUAUCGUCGAUGGCAAAGAUUCCCAGGUUCUAGCAAACGGCAUGGAAAGCAAGCUGCGUGAGGAUUUGGAGCGUCUCAAGAAGAUCCGUGCUCAUCGUGGUCUCCGUCACUAUUGGGGUCUCCGCGUCAGAGGUCAACAUUCCAAGACAACUGGCAGAAGAGGUCGCACUGUCGGUGUCAGCAAGAAGAAGGGUUAA